CGGUAAGAGACUCUUGAGUAUUCAGUUGCGAAUUUCAUACAAUACGAAACGGUCGCUUGUGGGUUUUCUGUAUGUGCAAUAGAAUUCAUAUAUCGUUUGAUAUUAAGCUGAUCACUUGAUAAACCUUAUUUCAAGACGGCAGCGAGCGGUUAAGUGUCGUCUGAGAAGUUUCGCAUUAAUGCGGAAAUUAGUCAAGUCAAUAAAGUGAAGUUUUUUUGUGGUAACUCUAACAAAAGCAACAGCAACAACAACAUCAGCAUCAGCAACAAAAGCAGCAGCAGUCAACAGAGCAUCGAGUGAAAAGAAAGAGAGAAGAAUACGUGUUUGUGUUCAGAAAUACUUUAAACAAAAUACGAGCAAACAUGAUCGAGAGACGCAGUCAACUGGAUAAGAUAAUUAUCACAGCCAUGGACCGAUUCGUAUGGUUUGUGCUGUUGGUGGUCAUGACGCAUCUGGUCACCGAGUUCACUCGAGUCACGGGCUAUGCGAGAGGGCAACGUCAGGAACUGGUACUCCUCAAUGACACCAUGCUGCAUCCGAUGCCAGUACAGAACAUGCUACUCUAUCCUAGCCUUGAGUAUGCACACUACGAGCAGACAGCGGGUGCUUCAGUUGGUGGCAACAGUUUACAACAGAACGCGGCAAUGGUGCUGAGCAGUCUGGGAGUGGGCGGAGCAGGAGCUGGAAGCAAUGCUGCGGGUAACAACGCUGUGGAACCCAGCUACCCGCUCUUUAGCCUACGGCCGUUAAUUGACAGCAUUUUCGAGAUUCCGAUAUCCACGCUGCGUGCUGUCAACAAUUUGGUGGGACGCCUCACAGGCAGCUAUCGACAGGCACCGGAAUUAGUGCAAAAAUCGGCGACCAUCGAUGCGAAUACGCCCAUCCGGCUGCCUCCGGGCAAUUCAGUGCCGAUUCCGGGCAACUUUAAGCUGUCAACAACGGGAACGGCAGCUCAGCGACAGCCAAUGCCAAUGCCAAUGCGAGAAGAGUUGGCGUAGUUCAAAAAGGCAGCACUUGACAUUUUCAUUUACAUAAUUCGUAAUUAGUUUUGUAGUUCAACUUUGACCUUAGGCCUGAGCAAGGACAAGGCGCACACGUUUCUCGGUGUUGUGUUUAUGGAAAAGCUGUAAGUGUAUAAUUGUAUAAGUAUGUGUUUAAUGCAUUUUUAGUGACUAAAUAUUUUCGUUUUUAAUGUUGACUUUUGUGAUAUAUGUAAACUUGUUGUAAGCUUAAUUUAAUUGUAUUUAUAUGUACUUCAUACUGAA